AUGGAAGAACAAGUUGAAAUGGUUGGAAGGGCAUUUGUUGAUCAUUAUUACAACUUGUUUGAUAAGGAUAGAUCUUCACUAGCAACUCUGUACCAACCAAGUUCCAUGCUUACAUUCGAAGGCCAGAAGGUUCAAGGUGGUGAUGAUAUUAUCAGGAAGCUGGUUGAAUUGCCAUUUGAGCAAUGCCAGCAUGCAAUCAGCACCAUUGAUUCCCAGCCAUCUUCUUUUGCUGGUGGCGUCUUGGUGUUUGUUAGUGGCAGCCUCCAGCUGCUCGGAGAGGAUCAUUCUCUGAGGUUCAGUCAGCCUGAGGACAGAGUUAAUUGA